UUUUCUAGUAACACUGCACGUGUGUUUAAGGUAUACUUACACGGGGUCUUUAUAAGUAAUCAAUUCCCCUCUUGCAGCCCUAAACAGUAUUUUCACUUGCGCGUAACUGUACUUGAACUUUACGCACAGACACCAAACCUCUUCAAACUCUCUGUCUUCCCUCCUCUCCAGCCGAUGUACAAGGAGGUGUCACCUGUAGAUAGCAAAUACCGGAUAUUUGCUUAAUAAGUUUUUGCCAGCGGGAUAGCGAUCCUCAGCGCAGCGCCUCGAUUCAGCCCCUCUGCGGUACCAGAACCCUCAGGGGGCCUUGAGAGCACCGCGCCGGCGUGGACUCCGCACGCACCGCAGAGAUGAACAUCCAGGUCCUACCAGAACACAAACUCUCAUCGGUUGCCCCGCUGAAACAGUGCAACGUGGAAAAGAAAGAGGUUGAACUGAUACUCGUGAAGGACCAGAAUGGUGUACAGUAUACCAGUUCCACAAUCAUCCCCACCCCUGGGCACUGCGCAGGUCCUCCUGGGUCCACCUCCGAGACAGAGCGAGAAACUUGGAGCAAGAAAAUUGACUUUCUCUUGUCGGUUAUUGGCUUCGCGGUGGACUUGGCAAAUGUUUGGAGAUUUCCUUACUUGUGCUACAAAAAUGGAGGAGGUGCCUUUUUGAUCCCCUAUAUUCUUUUCCUGGUAAUUGCGGGGAUGCCGUUGUUCUAUAUGGAACUUGCCUUGGGCCAGUACAAUAGGGAAGGGGCAGCUACUGUUUGGAAGAUAUGCCCUGUUUUUAAAGGCGUGGGCUACACUGUGAUUGUCAUAGCCCUGUACGUUGGCUUCUACUACAACGUCAUCAUUGCCUGGUCCCUCUACUACCUGUUCUCCUCCAUGACUAGUGAGCUACCAUGGCAGAAUUGUGGUAACAUCUGGAACAGUGAAAACUGCACCGACCCCAAAACCAUCAAUGGGUCUGUCCUCCGCCACGGAAUCUCUUAUGCCAAAAAUAAAAUCACCCCUGCAGCAGAGUACUAUGAACGGGGUGUGCUUCAUCUCCAUCAAAGUCGUGGUAUAAAUGACCUGGGAUCGCCACGCUGGGAGUUAGCUUUGUGUUUAGUUGUGGUUGUCUUCAUUCUCUACUUCAGUCUGUGGAAAGGUGUCAAGUCUUCAGGAAAGGUGGUGUACAUCACAGCUACUAUGCCCUACGUGGUCUUGUUUGUGUUGCUCAUUCGGGGUAUAACUCUACCAGGGUCUGGUGAUGGCAUCAGAGCCUACCUCCACAUUGACUUCAAGCGACUAAAAAAUCUGGAGGUGUGGACUGACGCUGCCACCCAAAUAUUCUACUCACUGGGAGCAGGAUUCGGUGUGCUUAUUGCAUUUGCCAGCUAUAACAAGUUUGACAACAACUGCUACAGGGAUGCUCUCUUGACCAGUACUGUGAACUGCAUCACUAGUUUCUUCUCAGGGUUUGCCAUCUUCUCUGUGCUUGGAUACAUGGCUUACAAACAUGGGGUGAAAAUAGAGGAUGUGGCAACAGAGGGAGCGGGUCUGGUGUUUAUUAUCUAUCCUGAAGCUAUUUCUACACUACCCGGCUCAACGUUUUGGGCUAUUGUGUUCUUCAUCAUGCUGCUGACUCUGGGCAUCGACAGCUCUAUGGGUGGGAUGGAAGCAGUCCUCACAGGCCUGACAGAUGAUUUUAAGAUUCUGAAGCGGAACAGAAAACUUUUCACUUUUGCCACUGCCUUUGGAACCUUUCUUCUUGCACUGCUCUGCAUUACCAAUGGUGGAAUCUAUGUCCUGACUUUGCUCGAUAAGUAUGCAGCAGGAACAUCCAUACUGUUUGGUGUGUUGAUCGAGGCCAUCGGAGUGUCUUGGUUUUAUGGUGUGGACCGCUUCAGCGAAGAUAUCGAGCGCAUGAUGGGCUUUAAGCCAGGUCUCUACUGGAGGCUGUGCUGGAAAUUUGUCAGUCCAGUUUUUCUGCUGUUCGUGGUCAUAGCUAGUACUGUGAAUUCAACAGGCCUGAAGUAUGAUGACUAUGUCUUCCCUCAUUGGGCCAACGUUUUGGGCUGGGGUGUAGCAAUGUCCUCCAUGCUUUUUGUUCCCGUCUAUGCCGUGUACAAGUUCUGCACUGUAUCAGGGACAUUCAAAGAGAGGAUAGCCUACUGCAUCACUCCAGAACACGAACAUCAUUUGGUGGCAGAAGGAAAUGUGCGGCAGUUCAAACUCAAGCACUGGUUGGCCAUUUGAUCACAAAUACCCAGAACUGUCAUCCACCAUAUGGAGUUCCUGUGUGCCAACAGUGGUCAGACAAACAAGGAGAUCAACAGGCUCCAUUCUCUCUCAGCAGCCCAGUUCUUUCUCCUGUGCAUCUACCACACAAGGCCUUUGUUUUAAACUGCAGCUUCAGACUAUUUGAUUUCAGAGUUACUCAAACUACUUCAAGUUCUGCAUCAGCUCAUAAGGGACUGGAAGGGCAUUGGAAAAUUUACAGCUACUACCAGGUGGACAUAGUUAUAGUUUUGAGCUUUAGUCAUGGCAUAGCUUUAGUCCUGAUUUUAAAUAUAUGUCAUUGACAUUAUUGCCUCUGAUAAGGUCCAGAAAUUACAAUUAGAACCCAAACCCCUAGUUAACCUCCCUGUCUAUCCUUAUAUAGAGGAUCAUAGUUGCAUCAUGGCCAGUGAUUAUUCAUUAUUACUAUAUCAUAGGAAGAAAUACGUUGUUCUUCCCAUUAUGUUAGCACAGUGGCCUAUCUCAGUCAGUGCCUUAUUAAGUGAGACUCUUCAUCUUUUCAACAGUCCAUACAGAAAGAGAUAGAAUAAACAGUGUUGACUCAGGAACCCACAAACGUCAGAAUUAUUUGUGGAUGGCAAUCUCUUGUGUUUUACUCAGCACUUUGACAUUAACAUCAAAGAGCUCGAGGUCAGCAGCUCAUCGUGUUCAAGUUGUUUAGCAAAGAGAAAGCAGGCCCGACAUAAUGCUUUUGUGUCACGCUGUAUUACAGAAAAGGGAAUUACGCAUAUGCCAUGCCAAGCUUUUAAAGAACUUCAGCUGACUUCGUGAACUCUUAUUCUUUGAAAAGCUGGAACUUGGUCAGUACCUAGCUGAUUCGUUGGGGGAAAAAAUCACCAAAACAAAUGGCGUUACUGUUAUAGAUAGUUUUGUAUUAUCGUGUGAUUUUUAGAUUUAGGUCUUUUUUUUAAAAAGAAAUAUUUGUGGGUUUUCCUCGAAAGUAACAAUGAGAGGCAACAGAGAGAGAGAGAAAGACUGUGAGUGUGUGUGUGUUUGUUUGUGUGGUGGGAAUUUGUUGCAACCAUACAGUUUAUUGUUGGUGUACUGGUCACAGCAACCGAAACUGAAAAAUACUUUAACUUGACUGUAUAUCAAUUCUAACUGCAUGGCAGCAACAUUUGCUUUUUCAUUUUAAACAUAAAGUAACCUAUGGUGUUUUUCAUCACCAUAGAAGUGCCAGCAUGUUCCAUUAGAAGUGACAUGAAUAUUUCCUUUUUUUAUUUAUGGAAUUGAAGCUGAAUUUAACCUUUUAUCAUGGUAAAAAAGAAAAACCUUAUUCAAAGGAUUAAAGCCACAAAUUGAAAAAAACAAACAAACAUUAUAUGUGGAAUAUAUAAGAGACAUAAAAAAUAUAGAAAUAUAUUCUUUUGCUAUAUCUAAUCUUGUAUUUAUCAAAGUGUUUAUAGCAAAUUGUGAAUGUAAAGUAUUUUAAAUGUAACUGUCCAUAGUCAUAAAAUGGUGUUUUAUGUAAAGCUAAGAGGAACUAUUUAGAAAAAAAAAACUUCUGUGUAAUCCUGGGCUACUUUGUCAAGUAUGAGUGUGAACAAUUACACCUUGGAUCUCAUGGAUCAUGUUUACAGAAAUACUGUGUACAAUACCAAUGUCCUGUUGAACGUGAGUGGCAACUGUCAAAAAAGAAGUAUUCACACUACAAGAAUAAAUACAUUUCCCC